CUCUGGGAAAAUUGAACAAUGUAAUGGAUUGUUAAAGACUACGCUGAAAGCAAUGGGUUGUGGGACCUUCAAACAUUGGGAUAAACAUUUAGCAAAGGCUACCUGGUUGGUUAAUACCAGAGGAUCUGCUAGCUGAGCUGGUCCUGCCCAGUCAAAGUUUUUGCAUGGUGCUUGGUUGCUGGCCGGGGUUAAACCACAACAUCAUAAAGCAGAUGCUUUCUUCUCAGAAGUAUGUCUUGCAAGUAUUCUGCUAUUUUGGCUAUUGCUAAUUUUGCAGAAUAAAGAUAGCCAGAGGAGAGUGUGGAAAAUCCUUUUAUCUAGAAAAUAUUUUUAUGAUAUACAGUCUGGAGACUGUAUUAUUGGUGGUAAUACUUGAUCCAUGAUUCUGUAAGUAUCUUUCAAUUAGGUUUAGAAAGCUUGAAGUAGAAGUUUCCGUUAAAAGUAAUUUAGCUGAACAAUAUUGUGUUUAGUCACUGUUGUGAAUAUAAUAUUGUUUUUACGAUGCCUUCCAUGUCAGUGUUCUAUUUGGGAAUUAUAUGCUUCAUAAAUUCUAUCAAUUUUCCUUCCAUAAACAGCAUGUUUUGUUUUCCACACAGACACAGACGUAUAUUCAAGGUAUUGAAUUAAUCUGUCAAAACCAAAAAGAGUUUGUGAAGAACUCUGUAGAAUCCAAAUGGAAUCUAGCAGAAGCCCAGCAGAAACUUGGUAGUUUAGCACUGCAUAAUUCGGAAUCCAUUGAUCAGGAAUAUGCCAAAGCACAGACUGAAGCUUCAGAACUGAGACAGAGAGAGGAAGAAUGGAGAAGAAAAGAAGCAGCACUAAUACAGAGGGAAAGACAGAAAAUAUGGAAUACAGAUUCAUUUAGUAAGGAGGUAUUUAAUAAGAGUUUUAUUAGUCAAUAUAAAAGAAAAGAAGUAGAAGAUGAAGAUAUAUCUAAAUCAUUUAUACAGAAACAUGAACAAAAGAUUAGAUACUUUGGUAUGCUGGGCAGAUGGGAUGACAGUCAAAGAUUUUUGUCUGACCAUCCAUAUCUUGUAUGUGAAGAAACAGCUAAAUAUCUCAUCUUAUGGUGUUUUCAUCUAGAAGCUGAACAGAAAAGAGCUCUGAUGGAACAAAUAGCACACCAAGCAGUUGUGAUGCAGUUUAUUAUAGAAAUGGCCAGAAGUUGCAAUGUGGAUCCAAGAGGCUGUUUUCGUCUAUUUUUCCAAAAAGCCAAAGCAGGGGAAGAAGGCUAUUUGGAAGCUUUUAAAACUGAGCUUGAAGCAUUCAAAUCAAGAGUGAGAAUCUGUUCACAGUCUCAAGCCUUUAUACCUACGUCAGUACAGAAUCCCAGUGUCUAUACUGGUAUUGUAGGACUGGAGUCUUUGUCACAGAAUGCAAAUGAUCGACAAGGUUGCAUAAACAGAAGUGUUUCCAAUUUAAACUCAAUGCUACCGAAAGAUGAAGAACCCAAAAUGAUGGACACAGUAUAGCACUGUUAAGACUGAGGUUAUCUGCUGUUCUGUCUAGCUAUUGGGCAGACAAUGAGGAUUCAAGGAAACAACAUACCACAUCCAGGAUGUGAGAAAAAGAGGUUGUUUAUUGACUCAAAAACCAGAAGCUAUAUGGAACCGAUGAUAGUAAUUGAAUUAGAAUGUCUUACGUCCCUUCUGAUACCAGGAGCCCAAGGUGAUGGCAUCAGAUGGAUCUCUCAUCUGGUGUACAGCAUGCUGCAUAGUCCUGUCUGUAUCAAGGCUCAAACUGACAGGGGCUUCCUCACUUUUUUUCCAUCACACGCUGGUUUUAUGUCCCUUUCUUAUACAGAGCAAACUAGCACUAAACAUGUUGCCAGACUUUUGUCCAAGGCCACUAGCUCCUUGUGAUAACAAAUAUCUUGAGUCUUUUCCCUACACCUGCAAAGAUAGUAGCUGUCUCAGCUGCAAACUGCAGAUAACUAAAUAUAUUUAUCCAGUCUGGUUUUGAAAACCUCCAAAGAUGGGGACUGCACAACCUUUCUGGGCGCGUUGAUCCCAUGCUUGACCAUCCUCAUAGAGAAAAAGUUUCUCCUAUCCAGUCAGGGCCUCUCUUAUUUCCACUUAUGCCCAUUGUCUCCUGUCCUCCCACCAUGCACUAGUGUGAAGAGCCUGGCUCUGCCUUCUUAAUAACCUCCUUGUAGGUACUGGAAGGCUGCUGUCAGGUCCCCUCCAAAGCCUUCAGGCUGAAAAAGGCCAGUUUUCUCAGUCUCUCCUAAUAGGGCAUGUGGUCCAGGCCCCUGAUGAUCUCAGUGGCCCUCCAUUAGAUGUGCUUCAGUUGAUCAAUGUCUUUCCUGUAUUGUACGUGACCCAAAACUGGUCACAGUAUUCCAUGUCUAAUGAAUGCUAAGUAAAGGGGGAUAAUCACUUUCCUUGAUCUAAUGGCUACACUACUGUUAAUACAGCCCAGAAUUAUGUUGGCCGCCUUUGCUGCCAGGACACACUGCUGGCUCAUGUUCAGCUUGCUGCCUAUCAAGAGCACCCAGGUCCUUUUCAGCAGAACUGCUCCCCAGCCAGGCAGUCCUCAGCCAGUAUCUUUGCAAGGGGUUCUUCCUUCCCAGGUACAAGACUAGGUGCUUGUUCUUGUUGAGUUAUAUGAGGUUCGGAUGGGCCCAUUUCUCCAGCCUGUCUAGGUUUCUCUGAAUGGCAGCCCUGUCCUUAAGAGCAUAAUUUGCAAACUUGAGAAGAGUGCACUCUGUUGCCACCUCCAGGUCAUUGAAAAUGGUGUUCAACAGGACAGGUUCCAGGAUAGACCCCUGUAGUACUCCACACUUGUCACUGGCCUCCGGGUAGAAUAUGACACAUCAACCGCUAUCCUUUGAGCUUGAUCAUCCAGCUACUUUUUCACCAAUCUAGUUGCACCCCCCUUCGCCCCCAUCCAGACCAUAACAGUUGGAUACAAGCAUAGGAUGGGAGACAGUGUCAAAAACCUUGAUAAAGUUGAGGUAAAUGUCCACAACCAUAACUAUUUUAAUCAAAGUAGGCAACCAAGUCAGUCAAGCACGAUUUAUCUUUGGUAAAUCCUUAAUGACGGUUUCUAGUAGCCCUCUCCUCCAUAUGCCCAGAACUGUUGUCCAAGAGGACUUGUUUCAUUAUUUUCUCAGGGACUGAAGUGAGGCUGACCAGUCUGUUGUUCCCUAGAUUGGCCUUUUGGCCAUUUUUGAAGAUGGAUGCAAUAUUUGCCUUCAUCUAGUCAUCAGGAACUUCCUCCUUUCCAAUGAGACAACUAUGACUUUUCAAAGAUGGUAUGGAAUGGCCUUACAAGGACAUCAGCCAGCUCUCUCAGCACCCUUGGAGGCAACCUGUCAGGUCUCAUGGACUUGUAUGGGUAGAGUUCACGCACGUAAUCCCUGACUUGAUCCUCAUCCGCUUCUGGUAAUUCUCCCUCUUGAACCCUUUCACUAAGCACAGAGGCAUGGGAGACCUUGCUAGUGAAGAUGGACACAAAGAAGGUACUGAGUGCCUCAACCUUAUCUGUGUCCACUGUCACUAAAUCGUCUGCCCUAUUCAGCAACCGGUCCCAGUUUUUCCUUGGUCAGCCUUUUGCUGCUGUUGUAGCAGCAGCAUAGAGAGUUUUUAUAGAAAGGCUAAGAUUAGUGUGAAUAGAGAAGGAAUGGGAACCUUUGUGUGUGGAGACACCAGAAGGAACACACAGCAGAACAAAGGCUCUCAAUUGUAUACGUUAAUGGCACCCAGAUUAGCAGGUCAUCAAGACCUCAGCACAUCCACCAGCCAUUACAGAAGACAUCCAGGUCUGGAAACAAAGAACAGUGAACAAUUCCUGAUGACUCGCUGUGGUAGGCAGAAAGAAUUGUGAGCUUAAAUUGUGAAUGCUGACAGGCUGCAGAUAAUUAUGUGUGGGUAAACAUCCAAAAUUGAACUUUAGUACUCUCAAGCACAAGCCUGUGACUUGCUAGCUGCAACCAGUACAGACUGUUUGUAAAUUUUGAUAACUAAUACUUGGACUAAAGAAGUGUGUCACAUCUUGAUUCCUCCAACUCAGAAACAGAACCACCAAUUAGGAGCCUGAUCACGUGUUGUGCUUCUGCACAUGGACUAUUUAAAUUGGGAAAACUGGGGGCUUGGGUUACCAAAAAGAAGAAGGAGGCCUGGCAAAAAGAAAGUGAAGAUCUUGGCUGGAGGAAAGAUCCUGGAAGUGGGGGAAGAUCAGGGAGAUGUGUGGAGACAAAUGCAGGGGGACAUGCAGGAAUCUUGGCCAAUAAUGCCUGAGACUGGUAACUGGGAGCAAGCUGCACAGCACAAAACCAACAUGACUUUCAUCUGCUCAACCCUCCUGGACCAGCAGUGAUCUUCCUGAUAGGAAGUACAGACAUAGUGAAUGUACUGCUGGGGGGGGGGAAGUGAAUGUGUUUGUAAGAUCACCAAGUAGGGUAAAAAGCUCUAAUUUCAUUGUUUCUCAAAUAAACCCCGGUAUCCAGAUCCAG